AUGGACGGCAGCGGCGCCGCGGCUGCGGCGGGGCCGAGCGUGCCCAACCUCACCCCGCGGCACCGGCAGCUCAUCCCCACGCCCUGCGGUCCCAUAAAACCAUGCUCAGAGCUCUCAUUCCCUGUGAAGAUCUACUUCUGUGUCACUAUUUUGUCCCUGCUGAGUGUCAUAGGGCUGACCAUCGAGACCCUGGUGCGCCAGGCUGAGGAGGAUUUCACCAUUUCCUUCAUUCAGCUGGUUGGAGCUGUGUUCUGUGUGUACUAUGUGAGCAGGGGCAUCCUGCAGGAGAACCGCCAGGAGCUCGUGGUGUUCGUGCUCUCCAUCCUGCUGCUGAUGCUGCGCUCCAUCAUCAACUUCACCCUGCUCCCUGCAGGCCAGAAACCUCAGCUGCUGGCCCGUUUUGUGCUGAUCCUGCUGGUGGGAUCCUUCGAUGUCAUCUGUGCCCUGCUCCUGAUGCAGAGCCAGUCCAUGAUGGCAUUCAGGGUGGGGGGAGCCCUGGAGAGCCUCCAGGCCCAGUACUUCAUGCUCAACCUCUGCUUCUCCAUGCUCACCUUUGAUCUGCAGGCACAGCUGUGCCUGUGCAUCCUCCUGAUCAGCCUGCACGAGGUCACCCUGCUGCACAACAUCAUCUCAGCCACAGGCAUGGUCUGGGGCUGCCUCAAGGUCACCGUGGGCAUCACUGCAAUUUUAAAAGAGCUGAAGCCCCUGGUGUGGGUGUUCCUGAUCCAGAAUGUGCCUGAGGUGGUUUAUCUCACCUACCUGCUCUACACGGUGAUCAGGGAGUGGGGCAAAGGCAAUUCUUACACCCUGGAAGCUGCUUUCAUCACUGGCUCCUGCAUUUCUGUCACAAUCAAAUCUGUUCUGCUCUGGGCUCUGCUCCACGUCUACCGCAGCUUCGGGCAGGGGCUGAGGGAGAGAAUGUUUUCCUCCUAUGGAAGGAUCGACUCCUGAGCCCUCCCUGUGCAGCUCCCACAGAGUGAAGCCACCCCAGAGCUCCUGCCCUGCCCUGUGCCAGGAUGGAGCAGGGACAGGAAGGUGUCACUUGUGUCUUGGAGCAGUGCAGGUGGGCCAGAGCUUAAAGCAAAACCUGUUUGGGGAAUUCCCAGCUGGGACCAAGCACCUUUCACUGCUUUUCCUGCUGCUCUGGAAGCACAGGGGGUCACACACAGGGGGUCACCCCUGCAUGUGAGCUGCUCCUUUCAGUGCUUUCUGCCUGGGCAGACACAAACAUCAUGAAGGAAAUUUGCACUCCCACCCUCUGUACCUGAAUUCAGAAGGGGAUUGUGCUGCCCAGCUUGGAUCUCCUGCAGAGCAGCUCAGCCCUGAUGGUUUGGUGACAGUGGUGUCCCCUUUCUAAGGCUUCUUUUCAUCCUCUGGCUUCAGAAUAUUUCCAUUAUUUUUUGUUAACCCCAGCUACACAUGGAAAAUGCUCCCUGUAAGCUCAGCCCUCCUCAGUGUAACCAAGGUGCCAUUUCACACCAGGGGGACUGUUACAAUUAAGCCUUUAAUAUUGUAAUUUAAAAGUUUGGUAUUUUAUUGACUGGAACCUUUAACUACUGGCUAUUUUGUAAUAAAGCAUAAGCACAGUU